CCGCGUUGUUGCAGAGUUGAUUACAGAGUUUUGUUUUGUUUUGAAUUAUGGAAACCAAAACUGAGAGUGGGUCUACAUUUACAGCCCAGAAUCAUUAUCCCAGUGAGCCGGAAAUAGAUAAAUGGAUGAACGAGGCUUUUAAUAUGGCCAAAGAAGCUCUGGAGAAGGGAGAGGUUCCAGUUGGAUGUCUGAUGGUUUACAACAGCGAGGUGGUUGGAAAAGGACGCAACGAAGUGAACGAGAGCAAAAAUGCAACCCGUCACGCUGAGAUGGUCUCUGUGGACCAGCUCCUGGACUGGUGUGGACACAGAGACCUGGAUGUGAAGAGUGUGUGUGAGAGAACAGUUCUCUACGUCACCGUGGAACCAUGUGUCAUGUGUGCUGCUGCACUCAGGCUGCUGCAAGUCUCCUCGGUGGUGUUCGGCUGCAGGAACGAUCGUUUUGGCGGCUGUGGUUCGGUUCUGGACGUUUCCUCUGCAGAUUUACCUCAAACAGGGACAAAGUUCCAGUGUGUGUCAGGUCACAGAGCAGAAGAAGCCGUGGAGAUGCUCAAGACCUUCUACAAACAGGAAAAUCCAAACGGUGAAGAACCAACGAACGCCGUUGUCUUUGAGUGAAAUCGUUCUUUUCUGUUCCUUUUUUUUCUGUUCUUCCUCAUUUUUUCUUUCUUUUUUCCAGCUCCCAAACCAAAGACCAGGAAGACGUGAACGUUCUUUAAAGACUUUAAGGGUUUUUUAAGGAUUGUAGUGUUUUGUAAAUAAAAUAUAUUUGUCUGUC